UAUCGUCACGCCUGCAGCUCCAACUCAAAGGUUCUUCAGCUGAAAAUCUGCCAACUGGUCAGAUUCUGGAUCUCGGAGUUCCCGGCAGAGUUUAACCUGGACGUGGGAUUAGCUGAACAGGUGAAGGAGCUGCAGGACACGGCCAGUCGUGAAGGUCAUCGGAGACACAGCCAACUGGUGGACAUCUCACAGGUGCCGUCCUACGAGUGGAAGAGACAGGUGACGCAACGCAACCAUGUGACACAGAAGAAGAGGAAAAUGUCGCUCUUCUUUGACCAUCUGGGGCCCUUGGAGUUGGCUGAACAUUUGACUUAUCUGGAGUACAAGUCGUUCUGUCGUAUCCUGUUCCGCGAUUACCACAGCUUUGCCAAACACGGCUGCACCAAGGACAAUCCCAUCCUGGAACGGUUCAUCAGCCUCUUCAACAGCAUCUCACAGUGGGUGCAGAUGAUGGUUCUCAGUCUGCACACACCCCAGCAGAGGGCGGAGGUUAUCACCAAGUUCGUGCAUAUGGCCCAGAGACUCCUGCAACUGCAGAAUUACAACACCUUGAUGGCAGUCAUUGGUGGACUGAGUCACAGUGCAAUCUUACGUCUGAAGGAAACAUAUCACUACAUCAGUGCUGAUGUUCUGAAGAUUUCAGAUGAGCUGACUGAGUUAGUCACCACAUGUAGCAAUUAUGGGAAUUACCGGAAGCGUUUUGCUGAAGGGUCUGGUUUCAAGUUCCCCAUCCUCGGUGUUCACCUGAAGGAUCUGCUGGCCGUUCACCUCGCUCUCCCUGACAGGGUGGAGGACGGGCAGCUCAAUGUGGUCAAGAUGCAACAGCUCUACUCCAUUCUGAAUGAACUGGGUCAAGUCCAGGCCACUCCUCCACCCGUUGAGCCCAACAAAGACCUGGUCAACCUGCUGACGGUUUCACUUGAUCAAUAUCACACAGAUGACGAGAUCUACAAGCUGUCGUUGUUGAGAGAACCUCGCACCUCCAAGUCCACACCGUCCAGUCCUGCUCCAGCCAAGCUCUCGGUGAUGGAUGAGUGGGCAACUGCUGUCAAACCAAAAACAGAUCCUGAGUUAAUUAACAAACACAUCCACAAACUCGUCCAGUCCGUCUUCAGGAACUUUGAUGUCGACCACGAUGGCUACAUCUCCCAGAAAGAGUUUAACAUUAUCUCCUCCAACUUCCCCUACCUGGACAGGUUCAGUGUCCUGGAUGAGAACAACGAUGGUCAGAUCAGCAGAGAUGAGAUGCUGGUCUACUUCAAGCAGGCAAACUCACUCCUCAACUGCAAGAUGGGAUUCAUUCACAACUUCCUGGAGACCACCUACAUGAAGCCCACCUUCUGUGACCACUGCAAGAACUUUAUCUGGGGCUUGUACAAACAAGGCUACAAGUGUAAAGCCUGUGGGAUCAGCUGCCACAAACAAUGCAAGACCCUGCUGGUGAUGGAGUGUCGUAAACGUACCAAGAGUAUUAGCUUUGACAGUCCAGCUCACACCCUGAAGCGGUCAUUCAGUUUCCCCAUCACACACGCAGCUCCUGACUCCAUGUGUACAGUACUGAAGGAAGAGUUGGAAAGUCUGGAGGAUGAAGUGCAGGACAUCCAUCUGUAACAACGCCCACCAUUUGCCUUAAAAACCCAUCACGUCUUCCAGCCAAGCAGCAGCAGAUGGAGGAGUGGAAGAUUUACAGACCAGCAAGAUUCUCCUAUGGGCCAAAAGUGAUGUAUAUGUAAUGAUAUCAGACUGGGUUGUAUUUAAACCCAUGGUUUUAUCUGCUACACCAAAUACAAGCGGGCAAAGUCUCACAGUCAUCACAAGGACUUCACUGAUGGUUUUAAAAACCAGUGGCCAGUAGUAAGCAAAGAUUAUACAGGAGCUCCUCUAUAAUCUUUGCUAGAAACUAGAAACACUGGACACUGAUUGCACUGUAAUUUGUCUUGUUACGGUUCAUGCUUCCACGCCCGGUUCAGGAAUUGGUUUAUUUAUUUUAUUUAGUUUUUCCCCCUACACAUCGUUGCUGGGGGCCGUGUUACACAGGACAUUCUCCCUUCGCUGGUCGAGGAGAUGCGAGUGUUUCGGUUCCUACGCAGAGCAUCACUGCGCCCGUGGAGUCCUCCGUCCCGACUCACACCCCGGGGUGUCCCCAACCCACAUGCAGGAGCCGCCCUCAACCAUGAUAUUCCUUCCUCCGGUAUCAGCUUAAACACGGGCCACUGAGGCUCGAACCCUCGUCAGGAGAUACGAGGGCGGGCACAUGACGUCAUGGGCUAGAGGGAAUGUCCUGGUACUCACCUUGAGGAGUCAACAGGUAGCUUUGCCCGAGAGAACAACCUUACUCAGCUACAGCAGCAACAUAAUAUAGUUAGCGCACCAACCUAACCUAACCGAAUAAACGACUCUUUGAACCGGCCUGACAUCUCACCUUUAUUCACCACGUUUAGUGCAGCUACAAUCUGUCCAUUUCUUCAGGGGUUGUCAAACCCGCCAAGUUCCUCCAGCACUGUGUAUUUACUCAUGAUUCAAGCAUGGGGUGGCUCGUGUUGCAAAAAAAGUAUGUUUUGCAACACGAGGAAUUUCAUUUACCAUGUACUCAUACCAAUAAAAAGCUACAGAACACAAACUCUUCCCUUCUUUGGUCUCCCGUGGUCUGGGGCCUCGAGUCUUCUGUUGAUGGGACGAUCUUGACUCCCGUAGCUGGUGGUCGGGCCGUCCGUGUCGUGGGUUGUAUCCCAGCUCACUCGGGGUCUAGUCGAACCUUUUGCAUUCUUUGCAGCAUUUAUCCACAUUAAACUUCAUCUGCCAUGCAUCUGCCCACACACCCAACCUGUCCAAGUCACCCUGCAUUCUCAUAGCAUCAUCUUCACAGUUCACACUGCCACCCAGCUUUGUGUCAUCUGCAAAUUUGCUAAUGUUACUUUGAAUCUCUUCAUUGAUGUAUAUUGUAAAUAGCACCGAGCCUUGCGGUACCCCACUAGUCACUGCCUGCUAUUCUGAAAGGGACCCGUUAAUCCCUAUUCUUUGUUUCCUGUCUGCCAAUCACUUCUCUAUCCAUGUCACCCCCAAUACCAAGUGCCCUAAUUUUGCCCACUAAUCUGCUAUGUGGGACCUUAUCAAAUGCUUUCUGAAAAUCCAGGUACACUACAUCCACUGGCUCUCCCUUGUCCAUUUUCCUUGCACACUGGACACUGACCCGCUGGAUCCAGGCUUUGAAUCCCACCUGACCAACGGCCUUGUGUGUGUGUGGGUCAGUCACACCUCUCUGGCCACUGUGACCACUGCACCCACACACUGGUCACUGCGGCCACACACUGGUCUCUGGAUCCAGGCUCAAUCUCUGCAGUGACCAGUGGUGUGGCUGACCCACACACACUGGGCAGUGGUGGGAUUCAAACCCUCGCCUCUGCAGAAACAGCCUGGAUCCAGAGAUCAGUGACCACCGUGUGGCCGCAGUGGCCAAAGGGACAGAUUUCUUUGCUGUGAGAUGAAGGUCUGUGCAGUCUUGUCCAUCUGAUCGCUGUUCCAGUCACAGUCUCAUGAAGACGUCCAGAGACCGCCCUCCACCCCACUGUUCCCCCCCGCUCCCCCU